CUUCAAAACGGUCAAAUGACCGCUCGAUGGUAUGUUUAGUGCUAAUUAUGAAAAAAUAAAUGAGUAUUGAUAUAACGAGACUCGUUGAUAGGACAGCAUUAUAAAGUAUAAAACAAAUAUCACACGAUGCGUGUUUAUUAACGAAUCACAGUGCAUUUCAACAAAGUUGAGUGAGGGAAUAGGUACUUUUAAUUAAGACAUCUCCCGCGGCAGCUAAAGCACCGACGGCACGUCGGAUGUUACCCAUAGCAGUCCAGUUUUGUAUCCCGUGUCAACUCGGCUAGCCACAACAGUGUCGAAAACACAAAAGGUUUGAAGACACUGGAACUGUCGCGUGAAUAGGACGAGUGUUUACAUGAAUUCCUCAGAGGAUACUUCAGUCAAGGUUAGAAGGGUGGCAAUGAAAUGAGGAAAUAUUGUAUAUACUGGAUUAUUAAGAUUUUAACCGACCUUACAAUUGUCGAAAAAAAAUCCGAAUUUUUCCCCCUCGAGCGUAACGCCAUUUUGUCCGUGCUCGAGGAAUGCAGUGAUGCAUUGGCCAUUUAUCAACACACGUUAAAAAAGCCAGUAACGAAUAUUAAUAUCGGCGUGGACCACCUUCUACAGCGAUAUUCGCAUUGUGAAAAGAAGCAAUUACUCAGCCACGACCCAAGUGCAACCCUGAGGGACAUAGAGAACCAAGCGGCGUUUCACAAGCUGCAAAAGGACAGCCUUUACGCGAAAAAGCUUUUGGAUGACACAAAGGACGAGAUGCGUGAAUAUGGAUGCUUUGCCGUUCUAUCCGCGACGGUGGAGACGAUCAAAGAAAAAAAUAACAAUGACAAAGUCCUAUUAAGAAGAUCGGAGGAAAUGUCCAAGGCUGUCGCGAAUCUACGUAGGAUCCUUAAAACCGAGGCAGAGACCAAUAGCCAAGAGGAAGAAAGAUGCAAAGAAAGGCUACGGGAUAUACGGAACGAAAUGGAUACUUUGGAAAUAACAGCUGAUGCAGAAUUGAGAUAUCUAGAUGCCUGGGAAAGAUCAAGAUGCGAGCAGAUGUCGCUGCGGUGUAAGAUGAGUGUAGAAAGUAUGAGAGAUGAUUUAAAGAAUUGUCUCGACCGUAAAAAGAAGGAGUGUCGCGUAAAUGAGGAGAUUGUAAGAUAUCUCUUGGAAAAUAUAAGCCUCAAUGAAAAUCAAAUAACCUACUGGCAGCAGCGUUACGACACCGAGGCGAAGACGUACGAGACAGAAAUCUGUCAACUGCGAAGCGAAAUCGAAACCCGGCAGGAGUUAGUCGGGAAAUUGAAAGAGGAGUUCCUCGGUAAACAAGAAUUCAUAGACGCUUACCUGGCUGAAAAAGAGGCCAUAAGGAAACGGAGAGAACGGGAAGAGCACGAACGUACCAGUGCCAUCAAGAUUCAAGCGUGGUGGCGAGGUGUUAUGGUGCGCCGGAAGUUGGGACCGUAUCGUCCGGAAGAGAAGAGGAAGAAGCGUGCUGUUAAAACGAAAAAAUAAUAUUAAUAAUCCUAUAUGUAUAUAUAUAUAUCCUCAUAGAAAACUCCAUGUAAGAAUUAAAUCAUACAAUUCUUUCAUAUUCGUAUGUUAUCCACGCAAAGAAUUCUCCUACCGGACUUGGUCUUAUUAGAAGAAGAGAAAAAAAAGGUGACAGUACUUAUAUGAAUACAUUAAGGCUUUCGUUCUCACGUGAAGUAACUUAAAUUUGCUUCAAGUCGAGUAUUGUUCACGCAAGAAGCUCAUUUCCCGUGCGGCACUUCCUGAAUCCUGCAGUUGGAAUCACGUCCAUGUAUAUACAUAUAUAUAUAAAAUAUACAUAUUCCAUCCUAGCAAGGUGCAUACUGCAGUAGCUCAGGUAACACGAAACUUAAACUAAAAUGGCCCUAAAAUAUAUGUUAAACAUAGAAACUGCAUAAUACAUUUUUAAAGUAUGUGUAUGCAAGACUCAUAACGUCAGUGGCAAAGGACAUCAACCCUAUACCGAGAUUACCGUUGGUUCCUGAAUAUUAAGAAUUCUGUAGGAAAGAAUAAAAAUGCCAAAACGCACGAAGAGACGAAAUAUAUAUAUAUAUACUA